AUGCUGUCGGACGUAAAAAGUACAACCUCACAACCACACAAAGAUCAAAGUCAAAAUCAAUUUAAACAUUUUGUAAAUAAAUUAAAAGGACAACCAGAUUCAUAUGAGAGAAAGCAGCGAUAUAUAUUUGGAAGAACAUUAGGAGCUGGUUCAUUUGGAAUAGUAAGAUAUGCAAGAGAUAGAGAAACUGGAGAAGAUGUUGCAGUUAAAAUCAUUUUAAAAAAAGCAUUAAAAGGAAAUGAACAAUUAGUAUUAGAUGAAAUGAAAUUAUUAGAAGAAUUACAUAAUCCUCAUAUAGUUGGAUUUAGAGAUUGGUUUGAAAGUAAAGAUAAAUUUUAUUUAGUAACUCAAUUAGCUACUGGUGGUGAAUUAUUUGAUCGUAUUAUAAGUAAAGGUAGAUUUACUGAACAUGAUGCUUCAUUAGUAGUGAUUCAAAUGUUGGAAGCUAUACAAUAUUUACAUAAUAAAGAUAUUGUUCAUCGAGAUAUAAAACCUGAAAAUGUAUUAUAUUUAACAGAAGAUGAAAAUAGUCCUAUUGUUUUAGCUGAUUUUGGUAUAGCUAAAAGAUUACAAGAUGCUUCUGAAAAAUUAACAUCUUCUGCUGGUUCUUUUGGUUAUGCUGCUCCUGAAGUAAUAUUAGGUACUGGACAUGGUAAACCAUGUGAUAUUUGGUCAUUAGGUGUUGUCACAUAUACUUUACUUUGUGGUUAUUCUCCAUUUAGAUCAGAAAAUGUAUCAGAUUUUAUAAAUGAAGUCAAACAUAAUAAUGCCGUCAUAUUUCACGCCGAUUAUUGGAGGGAUGUAUCAAAAGACGCUAGAAGAUUUAUAAUUAAAGCAUUACAAUAUGAUCCUGACAAUAGACCAACAGCUACACAAUUAUUAGAAGAUCCAUGGUUAGUAUCUAUAGCUCAUCAACAUAAUGAAACUGACUUAUUACCCAAUGUUAAAGAAGGUUUCGAUGCUAAAGCUAAAUUUAGACAAGCUAUUGCACUUGUUAAAUUACAAAAUAGAAUUAAUAAAUUAAAACAAAUGCAAACUGAAGAAGAUGAUGAUCCAAGUGAAAUCAAUUUAUUUAAUGAAGAAGGAAAUUUAAGUAAAAAACAAAGUACUGAUGGUGAAGCUUUAACAAAUUGGCAAAAAUUAAAUGAUGCUUUAAGUGCUACAAAACAAGAUCCAAAUCGUUCAAAAGAUUCCUUGGCUUCGGCGUCAGGUCUUAAAACUAAUGCAGCUUCUAAUGCAUUUGUACAAUUAGUUCAUGCCGCUUCUGAAAAUAAACAUAGAGUUUCUAGUUAUCGAGAUGAAGAACAAACCUAUAAAGAUAAAGAUAAAGAAAAAAUCACAAGCAAAAGCGAAGGCAAAGAAUGA